GAGCAGCACUGUCCUGUAGGUGUAGGUGGUGAGAAACAGGAGUUUCUGGCUUAGAUUUCUGUGGAGUAAGGGCAGGGGAGAUAGAGGGGCAUUUCCUAAACUUAGUUUUAGGAUUCUCUGUCUAUGUUCCAGCAGAGCCAUGGCUGGGAGAACUCUGUCUGGGAACACCUGCUUCCCCCUCUGUCCUUCAGCCACAGGUGCUGCACAGAGUGUCCCUUGUCCCUCUGCUGUGGCCAUGCAUUUCCCUCUCUUUCUGCCUGUAAAUCCUUUCCCUGGGGCUGGAGCAGCCCUGGGCAGCAGGAGCACGGGGGCAGAGAGGCUCAAUGUGGGCCAGUAAUGGCCCAUGUGAGGCAAUGCCAGUUGGUUGUGCCCUAUUGGAAGGAGCUGUGACCCGUUAUGCCCUUCUCCAGGCUGGGCCCUCGGCAGCAGAGGGUGUCCCAGAGCUCCUGCUCCACACCAGAAUCACCUUGAGCCAUGGAGCCUGUGCCGUGCUCCUCCUGGUGCUGUGAAGCAGUUAAUGAUUACCCCCCAGCCACCUCGUCCUCCUCUGCCCUGCCCGGCAGGAGCGACAGAGCCCAAGGAGCAGGAGGAUGCUGCUGCUGCUGCUGCUCUUGGUGCUGCCAGGCCCUGCCGGCUGCCCCCGCACGGAGCCCCUGAGCGGGUCCAGCCCAGAGCCGCUGUUCCGUGGGGCCGAUCGCUACGACUUCGCCGUCGUCAUCCCCGGCGGCACCGUGGAGUGCUUCUGGCAGUUCUCACACCACGGCGGCAACUUCUUCUUCAGCUACGAGGUCCAGCGGGCAACGGGGAUUGGCAACAGCAGGAACAUCUUGGUCACGGCGAGUGACCCCAAUGGCUUCCAGCUUGGAGCCUCCCAGGACGUGCGAGGGCAGAUCAACUUCCUCACCAAGGACACAGGUUUCUACGAGCUGUGCCUGGACAACCAGCAAAACCACUUUGGCUUCAUGCAGGUGUAUCUCAACUUCGGUGUCUACUACGAUGACUUCAACAUGGAACACAAGCAGCCUGUGGAGAAGAAGGAGCUGAAUGACACGCUGGAGGCAAUCAAGAUCAGCAUCCAGAGGCUGCAGAUCCACACCUUCCACAUGUGGCGUUUCUACAACUUUGCCCGGAUGCGGAAAGGGGCUGACUCCUUCCUUCUGGAGUCCAACUACAACUACGUCAACUGGUGGUCGAUGGCCCAGAGCUGUGUCAUCAUCCUCUCCGGGGUGCUGCAGCUCUACUUCCUCAAGCGCCUCUUCCAUGCACAAACCUCUGGCAGCCAGAAGUGCUAGAACAGGGCAGGGCUGUGGCUGCCAGUGCCUGGUGACCCCGCUGUGGAGUGGGAGGAAAGGCCAGAUCCUGCUUCCAGGAAGAGCUCCACUCCUGCCUCCAGCUCUACCCCUGAAAUCAUCCCCAGAGAAGCCAAGCAUCACACUGUCACCUGAACUUUGUGUGGGAGAAGUGUUUGUCACAUCCCUGCCCAUCAUUAGUGUCCCACUGGGCCUUUUCUACCAGACUCCCAAUAAAGGAACCUCUGGCACA